GAUGAAAGCCGAGAUUUGAUUGGCAACCAGGAGAGCCAAUGAAAUUGCCGAGCUGUCGCUGUGACGCACGAGCGAGUGGCGCGGCAGCGGAGUCCGGGCGUGGUUUACUGUCCAACAGGUUCGCGGCCACGCGCGGAAAUCCGCGCAGCUCGGGGGAAGCGGACAGGAGCUCGCGCGGCUCACCGGCGGCGCUUGAGGGAGCGACGAUGCUGAGUCUGGGGAGCGGAGCGAGGAGCGCCAAACCCUCCUUCGUGUCUUAUGUCACGCCCGAGGAAAUAAAAUCUGAGAAAGAGCCACAAAAGAAGGAGCGGCAUCCUGAUUUGCUCCCAGGGGAAGUCGUGUUCUGCAGUGCAAACCCUGUUCUCAAACACACACAGGAUGAUGUGUCUCAGCGGGGAAUCUUUGGCACGCUCCUCUGUACAAAUUUUCGUGUCUCUUUCAUCAGUGACGAGGCACCGCAGGAGGAGACGACCCAACACUUCAGGAAUAAGCUCUAUGGAGAAAAUGACAUUCCUCUAAUGUGUGUGGACCAUGUCUAUGGAGUUUACGAUGAGAAGAAAAAGUUGAUCACUGGAAGCUUUCUGCCAAAUAAAUAUCCAUCCAAAAUGAUCAUUCACUGUAAAGACCUGCGCGUCUUCCAGUUCUGUUUAACCUACACCAAAGAAGAGGAUGCCAGAAAGAUAUUUCGGGGUAUUGUUCAUCACUGCCUGGAGCCAAAGUCUCUGAAAUGUGUCUUUGCUUUUUCGUAUUCUCAUGCAGCAAGACCAGAAAGACAUGCAGCACAGAAGACUGUUAUGUUCGAUUCACCAGAUGACUGGAUGCAAGAAAUGAAAAGGACCAAAGGAACGUGUAGAAUAACGGCUAAAAACGAGAACUUCGAACUUUCCACAAAAUUACCAAAGUACUUCAUCAUUCCAGCAGCUAUCACCGAUCAGGAUUUAGAUCAAUUCCCAGGAAAUGGGUUGCCAAUUUGGUGCUGGUCCCACCAUAGCGGCUGUGCUUUAUUUAAAUCUUCCUCUGUGCCCACAAGUCAGGAGGAUGGGGUUGUACAGACCUACAUGGAGAGAAUGCUUCAGGCUGUGGCUCAAAACCACCUUUAUUCUGUGAAAACGGAGGAUCUGUCAGAAACACUUCCUGCCAUUCAGGACAUUCAGCAGUCUUACACCAAGUUCAAGCAGUUUUUUCUCAUUGAUAAUUCAACUGAUUUUUGGGUGUCGGAUGUCAAAUGGUUCUCCUCUCUUGAAAGCUCAGGCUGGCUCGACAUUAUAAGACAGUGUCUUCAUAAAGCAGUGGAAGUGGUAGAGUGCCUCGAAAAGGAAAAUACCAAUGUCCUUAUAAUGGAGGAGGAAGGUACAGACCUGUGCUGCGUCAUUUCCAGCCUGGUUCAGAUUAUGCUGGAUCCUCACUACAGGACACUGGCAGGCUUUCAGGGCCUGGUGCAGAAAGAGUGGGUGGCUGGCUGCCACGCUUUCCUCGAUCGAUGUAAUCACCUUCAUCAGAAGGACAAAGAGUGUCAGUCCCCUGUUUUCUUGCUUUUCCUGGAGUGUGUGUGGCAACUGGUUCAACAACACAGCGCAGCGUUCCAGUUUUCUGAGACGUAUUUGACCGUCCUCUCCGACAGCGUCCACGUGCCAGUCUUCAGCACUUUCCUCUUUAAUUCUGCCCACCAGAGGGAAAACACAAUGAAGGCCGAGUCACAGUACUCACAAAGAGGCCCAUUGACCUGCCCUGCAGUGUGGGACUGGUCGGUGCAGUUUGACUGCAAGGCCCAGCAGCUCUUCCUUAACCCUCUGUACAGCGAGAAGCUCAAGCAAGAGAGAACCUUACGCAAAAGUCCUCGGGGAAAGCAGCACCAAAGGCAGUUGUCCUUGCCCAGCUCUGCAUUUAAAACGCCUUUGAAGAAGGGUUUCUUCAAAGAUGAGACGGACAGCCUGAAGAAGCUGCUUCGUGUAAAGCGCCUGAGCCGCUGGAUGGUGUCGCCCGAGAGCUCUGUGGCAGGGUCCACCAGCGAGUUCUACGAGGCUUGGCAGCGUCGGCCACCAGAUCCUCAUGGCCUUCUGCUGCCAUGUCUGUCUGGACCAGCCAUGCGUCUGUGGACACAGCGCUGCCUCCGCUGGAUCCCUGACAGCCAGAUCGUGGGCGGAGGCUCCGUGGCGGUCACGAAUAAGCUUGCCGAGCUUCUGGCCCAAGUGCAGGAGCUCCAGAGUGAGCUAGAGGGCAGGGGAUGCUGGGAUACACAGUCUGUAACCCGCCGCCUGCAGCCAAGGCCAAUAGCAGUGACACGGGCCUCUGUACGCCUGUCGUCCUCUUUCCCCUUCGCUUCUGGUCGGAGCUGGUGCUCCAAGCCUGCCAUUCCCACAAGCCUUCUCCAUAGUCUGAUGGUGAGUGAUAAGCUAGCGAGCCAAGACGACGAAAGCAGUGAAGUCCUGAGCUUUGUUUAGGAGCAGGAGACCUGACUGCUUCGGUCACUGCUUUGUCGUGACUUACAAGUGUAUUUGAGUUGCGUCUCUUUGUAUGCAUGCAUGUACGGUAUACAGUCCCAGUCAAAAGUUUUGACACACCUACAGUGAAGAAUGAAUAAAUUAAACGAGUCAUGACGCUGGUUGAAAAAUACCAAGCAGUCAUCAAGACAAGAUUCAAGACUCUAAAAAGAAAAAAAAAAAAAACACCCUGCACACUAAUUCGCACUGUUUAACGCAGCACUAUGUUGAAAUUUUGACAACGAGCCUUAGAUCAACCUGCAUAUUAAGAAAUCUAUUCGUGAAUCAUAACAGCAUUAAAACAAGAAAUGUAUUCAUCAAAGUCCGGUUUAGACAAAUGUUUGCACCCUAGGAGAACUUUACGUACAAGGAGACUCGCCAGUGUAAACUUUGAUCAUCUUCAAAUUGUAUAAUUGGAGAAGUUUUAUAUAAUGCACUCGUAUCUAUAUCUGUAUUUUCAUUUAAAUGUGCAAAUUAAAGAUUUUGUGGCACUCGAUAGUGUCAUAUUAAUGACUAGAGAGAUAACGAUCCAAAAUAAAUACCUAAAUUAUGACCAAAGAGAAAAGAAAUGUCACCCUGUAAACAGAGGAAAGGUUAUUCUGGCUCAUGCACUGAAUUAUAGGAUGAUUUGACACAUGCUGUAAUUAGGAGGCACUUUUUAAAAAUUUUUUAUUACUGGGGGCGUCGUGGCUCAGGUGGAUAAGGCGCCAUACCAUAAAUCCGGGCGACCCGGGUUCGAUUCCGGCCCGAGGUCAUUUCCCGAUCCCUCCCCGUCUCUCUCUCUCUCCCGCUCAUUUCCUGUCUCUACACUGUCCUAUCCAAUAAAGGUGCAAAAAGCCCAAAAAAUAUCUUUAAAAAAAAAUUUUUUAUUACUAUUAUUACCAUUUUGUCAUUUUCACCUCCUGAGAGCUUUCACGUUUGUGUGCGUCACUGAAUGCAAAUCAGCUGUGCCAUGAAUGCACUUUAGUAAUUUACAAGUGAUAUCACGCACGCGUUUAUCAACACGUUCAUAGCUAUGCAGAAAAUCUGUAUUACUGAAAUAUAUUUCUAAAUCACUCGGUUAGGCCGAUGGAGAAUAUUUACACACGACGUUACGAAAAGGUUCAUUUGUGAGAUCCAUUGUUGAGAUUUUAAGAGCAGGUUACAAUCGAGAUUUGAAGAAUUUUUAAAAUAUAAGGAGCUUUGAACACUUUUGGGUCACAAAAUCUAUAUAUGAUAUUUUAACAGUUUAGCUCAGGGGUUUUCAAAGUGUGGGAGAGUCAGCCCCCUCUCAGAGAGCAAAUAAACAACAGCGCCCCCCCCCUUACAAUUUUUGUUGUUGCUAUACUUAAUGUUCCAUUCGUAUUAAAGGUCCCAUGGCAUGGUGGUUUGUUGAUGCUUUAAACGGGCUCGUGGAGGUUUCCGGAUGUUAUAUCCGCAGCCUUUCUCGAAAUGAACCCUCGGCACGUAGAUAUAGCCUCCUGGGAGAAAGCCCCAUUUCAGCGCUUUUCCCAGUGCGUCGUUUUGCUAAUGAGAAGCAGGAGGCGGGGAAGGGUAGAGGGUGGGGGCGGGCCAUGGGAGGAGGGGGAGGGGCUUGACCAAGCUGCGGCCAUGCUAGCUGUGUGUGAACAGUAGCAAUGGCAAUACUGAUACUGAUCUACAUACUGACAGAAAAUUACAGACGCACAAAAAUAAAUAUGAGAAAUACAUAACAUAAGAAGAAAUGACCACUAAUCAGGUUCCUUCACAAGUCUAAAUAAGGGAGUGGGAAAAUGUGUGUACAACACUAGUAGUAUAGUGUUUGCGUGCACACACACACUCGCUGCUAUCAGCGCCUGUAGCCACGCUGCUAAGACAAAACCCCGUUCUCCCUCGGACUCCUUUCGUAAACUCAACGUGACACAGAGAGUGAGAGUGUUCGGAGUGGUAGUUUACGAACGUAUAAUACCCUAGGCUUGAACACGCACUCCAUAACCAAAGAGGAUAGAAGCAGCAACGACAGCAACAUAUCGCUUAUCCAACAGAAGACAUGCAUUGCGGAGCAAUAGUCAAACAUAAGCUCAUAAGUUACAGUCAAUUUCCAGACUAAACUCAGUUUAACAGAUCAUGCUGCAUGCUCUUUAGUUUUGUAGCGCAGAUUACCUGGCUAACUGCAGGAAGCGGUUAGCUGCACAGCUAAUGUAGCCAUUGCUAGGCUAACGCACCAAUUUUAAAACACGGCAAAACGACUUAACAGUUAUACACUUACUUGUUCGGUGUUUGUGGCUGAUGCGGCAGGGAUGCUUGGUACGGACCCAGGCUUCAGUGACGGUUGAUGUGCAAAACCUGCCCUGUACUGUCCCAAGUUGUGGAAACAUUCCUCAGGAAAAUGCUUCCGACAAACAUACACCGUCUUAGGUAGACUCGACGGCGUAUUAUUGGAGUAAAUAAAAUUAAGCCACUGCGUCUUCAGGGGCUCUCCCGUCGGCAGUAAAAACAGACUCCUUUCUGUGUUGUCACAUCCAUGUACAGCGCAAUUUCCAUGUUUCGCUCGCUUAGGUGAUGCCAUGUUGUUGUGUCCUCUAUGGUCUCCUCACUGCAACUGGGCGGGGCAAUCCAUACAGUGGGUGGGAAUCCAGAGGGGGGGUGUGGGGAUCAUCUCCCUCGCUGACGUAGUAAAGGGAAGAGUUUAUCAACGCGCCGUUUUGACGCGCCAUUCUCAAAUGUUGGGUAUAGUUUGGUUUACACAUUAUGAAAUUUCUAGCCACUGGGGUGACUUAAGAAGGUCAGAGGAACUCAUUUUAACGUUAAAAAAAACCUCAGAAAGUGAAAAUUUCAUGCCAUGGGACCUUUAAAAAAAAAAUGGUUGUGUACACUUUUUUUUCUUUUACACAUUUUAAACAUCUGUGCUUUUUAAACCAUUUUUUUUUUUUUUUACACAUUUUAAACAUCUCAUAGCAUCGUUAGCUAGCACCUGUUGGCAGACAACACACUGUGGCAGUGGAGCAUCUUCAGAUCCAGUCCAUGAAAAUCCAAACUUUAAAUAAUCGUGGUCAUACUUCCUUCUUUUUUUGCUUGGCCCAGACUCUGUCUCCUCACUCACUGUAGCUUUAGGUACUAAAAAUCCAUCCAUUUUGUCUCCGGCAAAGGCUAGCUGAAGUUCGCUAAAUGUCCGCAAUAGUAACUUAUUCUGGUUUAUUUUUCCUCACGUUGCACCCCCCCGAAGCACUCUGGCGCCCCCUAGGGGAGGCGCGCCCCACACUUUGAAAAGCCCUGGUUUAGACGUCUUAUUAUGGAAAGUGGAAAAAAGUUGAAAUAAUGACUAAACCCUUACUGUAAAUGGGUGCAGUCGAACCUUUGGCUAGUACAAGUGUUUUUUGUCUGAUUUGAAGAGAUCAAUAAGGUUUUAGAUUUGGUUUAAGAGCAGAUCUUUGUAUCGUGAAUUAACUCUGUGAUCUGGGGGAUAAACCCGUGUUCAUGCUGUAGGUGAACCUGACUGUCGAAACCCUGACUUGAGCCAUAAGAAUUAAAGUUUAUUAUAAGCAUAUAUGCAAGUGCUAAAUCAGGAAUACAGUGUUCUUCUUUUGUACAUCUAAUAUGUUGGUUAGGCAUUUUAUUUUCAAGGUUGCGCACAGUCCAGUUUGGAUAGGACCAGUCGGUCUUACCACCAAAGGCAUGAGGCUCGUCAGUAGCUGCGUUUCCCCUUAACCUGUUCAAUGCACGAUUUGAAAAUGUGACCUAAAAACGUGACUUUUGGAAAAGAGAUGUUUCUACGCUCGCAUGAGGUGGUUUUUCAGACAAUUCGAUAAAGCAAUAUUUGGGACUUCUGCCUUUUAGCAGGUGCUAAAAUACACGAAAAGUCAUGCUAACCCCCAAACAACCAAUCCCAAAGCACAGACAAACACCAGUUUUGAUGACUUCGACAUAUAAUAGAACAAGGUAAGCGUUUCUUUAUUUAUUAUUGAUAAUACGGGAGCUGCCGCCCCCGGACCCCCGCUUAAAUUCGUUCAAACGCCGCUAGGCUCACUAAAGUGCAAACUAUCCCAAUAUUUUUCAAAAUGGAAACGUAUCUCUUUUACAUUUAAGUCGCAUGACAUGACGAGCAAAUGGAAACGCUGCCUUUCUGAAAAAGAGAGUGCUCUGUAAGGGCAUCACGAGGGGAGAAACCCAGCUUUAAUCACAUCACAUCACAUCAUUCAAUGGAAAAACGGACCAUUCAUAACUGUUUUUUGUCUCGAUUUGUAAAAAUCGCUUCUAUUUUGUGCACAGCUCCAAUGGAAACCCAGCUACUGAUGUAUGACGGUUUUUGUUUUUCACUAAAUAAACGAAUAGCACUUUUUCUUGUAUAACCGUAAAUGUCUAUUUUAAAAAAAUGCAUAAUGAAGAAAAUUUUAAUUUAUGAAUUAAUUUUGACCGGACUCUCAUGGCUAGUAUUGCAGGGGAGUUUCAGAAAAUUCAGAACUUAUUCCAAAUGAAUGUGCUCGAGACAAUUAAUCAGCCCAUGUUUUCAAACAGAGGAUGUUUUUAUUAUAUGUAUUAUUACACUUCGACUUAAGAUAUUGUUACCUAUGCCUUUGUAUGUUGCCUUUUUGCUAUAACAAAGUAUAUAAUGCAUAUAAUUUUGCUCAGCCUUAUGGUGCAUACCUCAUUUGGUCUUGUGCCUUAACUACUGACUGCAGUUUUAAUGGUUUAAAAGGUUUGAGAGAGAGAGAGAGGGGUUUUGUUUUAAAAUGGGUAGCUAACGCACACAUGGUUGAAAUCCAAAUCGAUCAAAAAAAAUCGAAGACAAACUUCUCAAAUCUUGCAAAUAUGCAAACAGUAUGCCUUAUUUAUUUUUUAAUUAAAUUGUUUUAAUUAAUAUAUUGAAUUUUUUUUUUUUUUUUUUUUUGAUGGAAUGUCCCAAGAUUUAACAAAAAAAAAAGUCUGUUUUGGUGCCAUCUGCUGGUUUACAGUGUCUCUUAAACACAGGAAACCAAAAUCAGGAAGACGCCAAUCAACCAGAGGUGAAUACUUUAAUAUGAUUCACAGGAAUAAAAAAAAAAAAAAGAACUGAACAACUUUGAUUACAUCUGGUUAAAAUGGUAUUAUUUUAAUAUUAUGACUAACUGGUUGGAUUUUGCAAAGGAAGUUGGAGAAUAUUAAAUGUUUAUGAAUCGAGCUUUUUUAGAAAUGCUUUUUUUUUUUUUUUUUUUUGUCAACUUCUUGUAAAACAUCGAAGCAUUGUAACGAUUACACAUUGAAAAUAUGGACUUAAUUAUAUAAAGCAUAAUAAAGUUUCUACUCAACAAUCUUAAGAGUUUGCCUUGCCCUGUAAGCGUUUAUGCAAUAAAUAUAUAGUAUAUUAAAGGAAAAAAAAUUAACCAUAUUUGUUAGAAUCCUGAGUAUAGUAAAAGCAUUGCCAUUGGUUGUUGCUGUAUGGAUGAUGUGUUUUUAUAACUAUACGAUCACAUUCAAGGUGCCUAAUGUAUAGUCUUUGUUGUUCUGCCUUUUUAGAUUAAUUAUUAAUUACAAUCGAGUGCUUCUUUGAUAAAGAUGUUACUUUUCUUUUUGUCUUUCAAACUUAAUUGCACUACUUCCUGUUUGCGCUCAGACACUGUUACCGAAAGUUAAUCAUUUUCACUGGGGUGAGUUAGUUGUUUACUUUGUUUUUGACAUGAAGUCUGUUCUGUUGGUUCAUGUUACUGUACAUGUCUUCUGUCCUCACGUAAAUAACCGUCCAAUACACUUUAUUAUGCAUUA